AGAAAACCACUAAACUGGAAACCACUGCCAUCGCUCAGUUUCCUUCACAGGAUACGAAGUCUGCGCAACGGCAAAAGUUUCCCACAUAAACGAACGAUUGAUCAAACUUUUGUUCCUUGAAAGAAGUAUUUCAUAAAAACAAAAUAAAAAACAAGAAAUGGAUUGCAAUGGAAACAUUGCGGAAAACCCUUUCCUCAAGCAGGACAAUGCAGCAAAGCGUUUGAUAAGAAGGCGUCCGAUUAUAAUCAGAGAUACCGACACCAAGAAAUCUGACACCGGCUUCAAGAUGAAAAGUUCGGAAGUUGGAGGGAACUUGGAGUCGCCGAAUAGUGAUCUUGAAUAUGGACCUGGCAUUGUUGAGAAGCUCCGAGCAAAAUUUUCAAAAAUGUCUGGUGCGCAAAAACAACAGAAUGUUUAUGCAAAUGUGCAGACUAAAAACUACAGUUCAUGCGAUGAUUUGUUAUCCGAAGCAGAUACUUUCCAGACCGUCUCCAAUAUUUCACACGCUCAGUCAGAACUGCAAAGGAGAACUUCUCGUUCUAUUAGUGACAUGUUAGAUAAUGAUGAAAUUGGAAAACCUCUUGCCAUUUCUCAAAAUGUAGAAUUGAAAGAAGAAGAAGAGACAAAGUCCAUCUCUCAACUCCGUCGUAGAUUCGAGAAAAAUGGAGAACAUGCUAAAAUGAGAUUUGCAAGAGAUCCAGCUCAACUCAUCUCCAGAUUCCAACCGGAUCAUCUGGAUCAGUGGAGAUCAAAUACCGAACUCAAUAAAACACCAGUUACUCAUACCACAAGUGCUUUCAUCGCUCAUUCAAAUAAACCAACACCGGUACUAAAACCAGUUGAAGUUCAAACCCAAACUCAACACAAGACUGCCAAUGUUUUGAAGGUCCUUAACGACGCGGACACCAACAAAUCUGAACCAGAAUUUGUACAAAUUGCACGACGCCUCCGUAGAUUCCAACCAGAAAUCCAUGAUACGUUUGCCAACGUGACAAAUGUAUCAAGCAACACAAAUGUUACUACUACUACUACUACUAUUAAUAAUAAUAAUAAUAAUAAUAUUCACAUCAAUAGUUCCUAUUCAUUGAAAGCAACAACUCUGCCUCCCACGCCGACUCACGCGGCUCCAGUGCGUCCUGCCACACUCUCAAUGUGGCAACGUAAACAACCAGAUAUCCCUCAAUAUUCCGAAGCAGCUAAAAUAAUCAGAGAGACGUGUGACAUUGCAGUUUUGCCAUCUGAUCCCCAUUCUGCAAGAGUCUCCAUACAACCAAUUCCAUCAAUUAUAAGUGAAAACAGCAGCCGUUCGACGACUCCUGUCAAGGCAAGCCCCCCACCAGAGGAGCCAAAGCCGAAUGUGUUAGAAACGUACGCGCAAUACAGGAAAACUGUUGUUGAUAUAUCAUCUACCGAUAGAACAUCAGCUGUGAAUAGUGUCUUCAAGUACGACAAUUUAUCGCCAGCUGUCAAGAGUCCAAUAAGUAGCAAUCUUUGGAAACCAACUAUAAAUAGUCCAACAAUGUCUACCACCGAAUCAACCAUCUCGCCUGUAGCCUCCUCACCAACUGCUUCAAAACUUCCGUUCGUUUCGCGCAAAGUGGAUGACGUCGGCGCCAAGUCGAUGAUCACUUCUUCAAAUGUGGUGUCCAUAUCCGUCAAAGCUCCUGUAUCCAACCGGAUUUACUCAAACUACGACAAAACGGAUGAGACAACAACCGAUUCGAUGCGAUCUACAGCGCCACUGAAACCACCAAUAACUUAUUCGCCGUCUUACACAUCAACUUCACUAAACUCAGUUUCACUCUCUUCUAAAUACGUCGAAGAAAAGUCGAAAACUUCACAGGGAUCCACAGCGCCGGUGGUGCCGUCAAACUCGCUGUCCGGCCUUCUUUCUCCACGUGAGAAACCGUACGGAGAUGACGUGACGAUUUUAAAAUCGGAGCCCACUAAUGAGACCCAAAAGCUUGCAGAACCUUCCGCCACUAACAUUGUUAAUCAACAGGAUGAAUCGGAUGACAAUUCCGACGGCGACAGUCGCGAUGGUAACGACUCAUAUGACAUCACGCCAAUGCGUCCAAACUCUCUUGUGUUCACCCGCCUAGCGAACGAAGAAGAAAUGGGAGGUGAUGGAAAUGUGAUCAGUCGCAGCCUUCUGUCCUUGGUGGCCGAAGAAGAUUUGCCAGACUUUCUCGUUGCUCUCAACGAGAAGCCCAUUCGAUAUGUAGUUGUUGAAGAAUCAGAAAAGCCGAGUACUUCCAGCAUACUCAGAUCGAGAGAUGCUAGAAAGGAAGAAAAGGUUCAGAAGGGUUCCACGCGAAUCAGAUUCUGUACAGACAACGCUAUGGCUUAUGCGUAUUUGGAUGAAAUUACAGCAACACGAUCAUUACAGUGGGAUGAUGGAACUGUCAUCGAGUACUCAUACUUUAAAGACUUAGAAGCUGCGGAGGAAGCCGCCAUGGCACAUAAUGACCCGACAUUGGCGUUGAUUGAACAAUGGGAGCAACAAAUCGCAAACGAUAAUAUCCACCCAUUGACACACGAUUUGACUUUCUCGGAUAGUUGUCUAGAAACAUCUGCUGUGAGCUCUGCAUACUGAUGCACUCGGAUCUCAUCGUUUUAAUUAAAUGUCAUCAAUGUUCACACAUUUGUUUUUUCACCAAAAUUGAGACACUAUAUUUCAAUAUGCUCCCAAUUUACUUUUUCCUCCCUGUCCAAAAAUACUUUGUUAGGUCUUAUAAACCUUUUUCCCUUUCCUUUAAUUAUACUUUUUCCUUUGUUCCUGUCUCCUGUUGGAACGAUGUUCGAAGUUAUUUGAAUGAAAUGAUUGAACACCUUUAUCUUUAAAAUUAAAACUCAAAUAAAAAAGAAAUUCAAUA